GGUGCCUAAGUGCACACUCUCAAAUGCCUUUCCCCUGCUCAUAUACAGCUCUGGAGCUCACUGUUUCAUGGUUUGCUCAUUUUCUCUGAUCUCUUCCUCCAGUCUGGGUCUUCUCUCCCCACUUACAGUUGGACCUUUUUUUUUUUUCUCUUCCCCAGGACUAAAGUGGGGGAAGAAAAGUAAGUUUUUAAAGUGGCAGGAAUGAUGAGGGGAGCAGAGCAAUUUUGGCAGUCUUGGUGCUUCUUAAUUCCGGGACUUCAUCACCAGAAACAAAUCACAUUUCCCUUGGGGAGGCUGAUAAGAAUCCAGAAGCUUGCUGUGGCCAAGUUUCACAGUCAUUAAAACAUUCCCAGCCCCGUCCCCAACCCUUUCCUUCCGCCACUACUCAUUGGAGACUACUUAGGAAUCAAAGAAGGGGGUCUGCUGAAUGCUGGAAAGCAUGUAUCAUCCCAGCUGGAGCAGUCUGCAGACUUUAAAGUCUCUUCACCAUGUGGAUGCACCGGAGAAAUGACCUGCCCAGACAAGCCAGGCGAACUCAUAAACUGGUUUGUCUGCUCCUUGUGCAUCCCAAGGGUGCUGAGGCUUUGGAGUAGCAGACGCCCAAGGACCAGGAGAAAUCUGUUGCUAGGGACUGCCUGUGCUCUCUACCUGGGCUUCCUGGUGAGCCAAGUUGGGCAUGUGUCACCCCAGCAUCGAAGGACACCAGAAAAGGGGCCACACCGGAACCUGGAUGCUGCUGGGACACCCUUUCUGGAAUUGCCCUUGGAUGGCACACUGGCACCUCCUGAUAGCCAAGGAAAUGGGACCACCCUGCAACCCAAUGUGGUCUACAUCACCUUACGCUCCAAGAGGAGCAAACCUGCUAACAUUCGAGGUACAGUGAAGCCCAAGCGCAGAAAAAAAUAUGCCCUGGCCUCCUUAUCCCAGAGACAGGAGCUGUGGACUAAACCAUCCAUCCGGCCCCAUGGGCUGGCAGUGACAGCAGAUGCUGAUGUCCACAAGGAACAGGUGGACAGGGGCUGGGGGCGUCCCUGGAGACUGGCCCAGAGACCAGCCCUCCAAUUGCCUAGAACUGUAGAGAGCAACAUUAGGAUAUAUAGUGAGAGUGCCCCAUCAUGGUUGAGCAAAGAAGACAUCCGUGGGAUGCGUUUGUUGGCGGACAGUGCCAUUGGAGACAUCCAAGAAUUGCCUUCUUGGACUGGGGCCCGCUUGUUGGUGCUGGAGGGGAACUCGAAGAACAAAUGGCCUUCUUGUGGUACCAGUCCUUGUGGUUUGCUCAAGAGACCCUUGGACAUGAGUGAGGUGUUUGCUUUCCACCUGGACCGUAUCCUGGGCCUCAACAGAACCCUGCCAUCUGUGAGCAGGAAGUCUGAGUUCAUUCAAGAUGGCCGUCCCUGCCCUGUGAUUCUCUGGGACUCAUCAUUGUCUCCAGCAUAUAAUGGAAGUCAUUCUUCUCUUUCUCUCACUUGGAGUGCUUAUCAACAAUUACUUAAGCAAAAAUGUUGGCAAAAUGGUAGAGUGCCCAAAGCGGAAUGGGGAUGUACUGAAGUGCAUCACCACGAAUGGUCUAAGAUGGCACUUUUUGAUUUUCUGCUUCAGAUCUACAACCGCUUAGAUGUAAACUGCUGUGGAUUCAGACCUCGGAAGGAGGAUGCCUGUGGUCAGAAUGGAGCGAGGCAGAAAUGUGACAACCAAGACACUGUGGAGCUAACACACAUUGUUCAAAGAAAGCAUGACCCAAGGCAUUUGGUCUUUAUAGACAAUAAAGGUUUCUUUGACCGAAGUGAAGAUAAUUUAAAUUUCAAAUUAUUAGAAGGAAUCAAAGAGUUUCCUGAAUCUGCAGUUUCAGUUCUGAAGAGUCAGCACUUAAGGGAGAAACUCCUUCAAUCCUUGUUUCUUGACAAAGUUUAUUGGGAAAGCCAAGGAGGUCGACAAGGAAUAGAAAAACUUAUUGAUGUGAUAGAACAGAGGGCCAAGAUUCUUCUCACCUACAUCAAUGCACAUGGAGCCAAAGUAUUGCCUAUGAAUCAAUGACUUUGAAGGGCUUGUUAUUAAUGUAAAAAUUGAGACAAAAGUAUUAGGACAUGGAACUACUUGAGUACUUCUACAAGACUCCUGUAGAAAUAUUUCUGAAAAUAUUCUGCCUUCACAGAAAACAACCAUUUUUCUCUUCUUCCAUAAAUAUUAAACUGGACCCAGUAGAAUGUAACCUCUUUGAGGGCAGGAGCUGACCUUUUUUUUGUACCCCCCCAAUACCCUAAACAUGUUGCCUUGUACUUUUUAAAUACUUUUUUUGUUUGUUUGUUUUGGAUUGACCUAAAUACUUGACUGCAGAAUGGCUUCAAGGAUUAUCUGAUUGAAUUUUAGUCAAACCAGUCAGUAUUAUUGACUAAAUUCAGUUCAAUUCAACUCAACAAACACCUUUUGGCACCUGUUAUGUGUAAGGCACUGAGAAUGUAAAAACAGAAACAAUACAGUCCUUGUCCUGAAUGUGCUUACAUUGAUUCCUUUGCUUAGCAGAGGAAACGUGACAUAUCAUAUUGGUUGUUUCUAUAAUGACACCAUAAAGAAAGAUCUUAAUGAUUAUAGUGACCAAAAGUUACCUUGGUUCUUAGAGCCUUUUGAGCUCCCCAGUUUGGGGGAACCUUAGGUUUAUGAUCCUUCCAUUCAGAACAGAGAUGCCCAAAGUAGCCCAUGGUAGCUCUCUCAGCACUGGCAAAUGCAUAUCUAGGAUUCACAAAAAAACUCAAAGACUUCAAUGAUGAUCUGCAUAGACAUAUUGGAUCAUUUGUAAAAAUGUAAAAACCUCCAGAAUUUCCACCAUAAAAAACCCCAAAAAACCUGCCAUACCUAUAGCAAAAAAUAAUAUUCCCAGGUCUUUUAGAAAUAAAUUGCAUUUUCAGAAUAGAAAUAAUUCAAAUUUGACUACUUAUAUUCAUAGCUUCUCUCUUUCUAAAGAGACAUCUAAAUUGCACCUUGUGACUUGGAACCAAGUGAUUCUUAGACUGGAAGUUGGGUAUUUAGAAAAAAUAUAUAUACACACACAGAGGCUUUUAUAAAGGGUGUUUCUUUUUAUGGGCAGAGGGGAGAGAAUUUAGUUUGUCACUUUUUUUGAAGUCAGUUUUAUGGUCUAUUAACAUUUCUUAAGAUUUGUUUAGAAUAAGAAUUGAUAUUUGAAGCUAGUUCACAUCAACUGUAACAUCUAAACCUAUUUCUCUUCUUUCAAAGAGAAAAUAUCAUGAGUUAAGUCUUGACUUUUGUGAUGUCUCCUCACUACAAUUCUAAUCUCAAGGCCAGUUCCCAUCCCUUUCUCAGUGCCCUACCUUCAUAUCUGAUUCAUAUUAAAAUGAAUCUAAGCAUCUAGAAAGGGAAGGGUAAGCAUUUAUGUAGUGUCUACUAUGUGCCAGGUACUAUGCUAAAUAAUUUUAACAAAUAUCUCAUUUGAUUCUCACAACAACCCUGUGAGGUAGGUACUCUUAUUAUCCUCAUUUUACAGUAGAGGAAAGUGAUUAUCGGAUCUCACUGCUUUUGAAUAUUUUUGAAGAGCAAAGUAGGCAUUUUGGUAUUCACCGUUAAACUUUAUUUUUGAAAUAGUUUUGGAAGGGCUACUCUCUUUUAGCUUCUUUUUGCUUACUUGAGAAAUUGAUAUUGAAAGCUCAUUUAAGAAUUGUUCACAAAAAAUGCUGCCCACACCUGUAUGCUAUAACUGCUCUUAAUGUUCCUCAUUUUCUCUUUUUUUUGAAAAGAAAGAAUAACUAAAUAGCAAUAUUAAUAACAUUAGCAUCAUAUUUUAGUGAAGUAAAUUUUUUUCCUAUACAUUGAUUUUAAUUUUUAUCUGCAGAAAUUAAAAGUAAGACAAAAAUUAAAUAUAAGAAAAAAUUGGAGGAAAGAUAUUAUUGGAUCUGCUAGUUCUCACGCACUUAGUCAUGUAUCACCUUCAAGAGAUGCUUAUUGGUGGGACUUGCUUUGGCAAAAUGGUAAUUGAAGUUUGUCUUCUGCAUUCCUAUUUAUUAUCAUGUUCCUUAGUGCCUUUUCUUCAGAUACUUUCUAGCUGCGUGACCCUGGGUAAGUCACUUAACCACUUUGGUCAUCAGUUGUUUUUUCAUCUAUAAAAUGAUGGGGUUAAACUUCACUUCUAAGGUCCUAUGAUUUAAGGGAGUGAUGGCUGGGGAAGUGUAUUUUGGUCUGGUAACUCACAGGGAUGGUGACUUGAGCCACAAGGGAGUCGUUUGACACACUGUUUUGAGAAGCAAUGGUAGUAUUGAUUUGAUUAAGGUUUUCAGAGUAAAAGGUGGAAAAUGGGGGGUAAGGACUGGACAAGGGGAGCAGAAUUUGGUGGGGGGAUUUUUCUCAAAGGAGAGCUUCCUGCACAGGACCAAAAAAGUCCUGAUUUGAAACAUUAUUCUUUCUGGAUAACAUAUUUGAAAUUUUAAUGGAGAUAUUCUGGAAGCCGAAUACUUCAAUCCAAAGGUGUAAUUUUAAUAUGGGAAUUCCAGGCAACAUGGGUGGCACAUGGGUGGCACAUAUCGGGCAGACAACUUCUGUGAUGCCCUUUAAGUAUUAUAUUGAGGGUGGCCUCCUCUUCCUACACUUAAGGAGGCCCAUGUUAAUUUAAAGGCUUAAUGUAUAAUUUGAAGCAAAUAAAUACAAGUUCCAGGAACAUCUGCUCAUUUCAGCUAUCCUUAUUCUUUUAUUACCUAUUUUAUUAAAAUGAAACUGGUGAAUAA